AUGCCCGCCCUCGUCGUCCGCGACCAGGGUUACCAGCCCAUCCUCCCUAGACUCUUCGCCUCUAUGGAUAACUUCCCUUGCAUCCCGCCUAUCGUUUCCUUCACCGGCUUCAUCCUUGGCCCGGGUCACUCCCUGCUACGACAAGACCUUCUGCCAGACCUAGACGCCGCCCAGCUAAAUUGCUGCGGCUUCGUCCAGCUCUCUACGUAUCUAGCUCCUGGCAUUCCCGACAAGAUCCCUUUCAGAGGCUUCCACCAAUUCGAGGUCUUCGUUAUCUUCCCCAUUCACGCUAACCCCUGGGCUAUACUAUGCAAAGUUGCUGGCCUGCUCAGUCACCGCGUCAUGAUUCAUCCCCCAGGCUCCGACCGAGACUAUGUCUUUAUCGUCGUCCCGGAUUCUUGGACUUUUCUCGAUAAGGCCACCAGCACUGCGGCUGCCUCGUCCUCGGCUAUCUCGACACCACUAAAGGAAAAACCGUCCUCCGCUUCGGCCGCUUUCCGGGAUAUACUCGCUGCCUCUUACUCCGUGGCAACACCUGGUACCCCCCGCCAAGUCCUCCACCUUCGGCUUUAA